GUAAUUUCAACACGUGACUGUGUUAGAGCUCGGGUCACGUAGGUCGUAUAGCUUGUAUGUAACAUGCCCAUAGAAUAAUCAGGAGGAAAAUGUCUUCAUCAGGUGAAAAGAGAGAACAUUUAUAUAAAGUACUGGUAAUUGGUGAUCUGGGAACUGGUAAAACAAGUGUCAUCAAGAGAUAUGUACAUCAAUUCUUUUCACAACAUUACAGAGCAACCAUUGGUGUUGACUUUGCUUUGAAGGUGAUAAAUUGGGAUGCGGAUACACUGAUACGAUUACAGUUAUGGGACAUUGCAGGUCAAGAGAGAUUCGGCAAUAUGACGAGGGUUUAUUACAAAGAAGCUGUUGGUGCUUUUAUUGUCUUUGAUGUAACACGAGCAUCAACGUUUGAAGCAGUACAAAAAUGGAAAAAUGAUUUAGAUAGUAAGGUGCAAUUACCGAAUGGACAAAAUAUUCCUGUAGUUUUAUUGGCUAAUAAGUGUGAUCAGGCUAAAGAAGGUUUAGUGAAUAACGCGUCACAGAUGGAUGAUUAUUGUAAAGAAAAGGGUUUCAUUGGAUGGUUUGAGACGUCAGCCAAAGAAAACAUCAACAUUGACGAGGCAGCAAGGUUUCUAGUAACUGCAAUAUUGGCAAAUGAUAAGUCUAUGAACCAUGAAGACCAGCACCAAGAUAAAGACGCACUCCGAUUAGAUGGUUCUGGCGCGAUUGAGGAGAAUGAAGGCAAAUCAGGUUCAUGUUGUUGAUCUGUACAUACACCUCACCUGAUCUAUCUUUUGAUACCUUUGUACAUUAGCCAGUCACUCGACCAGAAUCUUUAAGUUGCUGUAAUUGCAGUUGCUUUUUAUUUUUUCAGUAAAAAAAAAAUUGAUAAAAUAAUUGCAGGUACAGUAACCUAAAGUUGUUUCUAGUUUAUGUGAGUAUUACUGCAAACUGAUGGGAGCUUGGUUCAUCAGUUAAAUUUUUUCUACCACGCGAUUAUUUUUCACUAGGUCUACAUUAAAAACCAGUCAGAUUAUAGGUUUAGCAAAAUUAUUUGGGGGUGGGGAUUUAUAUUACCUGUUGCAAUUGUCACCUACUGUUUGGCAGUAUAGUAAUAGGGUAGGUUGUGGUUGUCUUGGCAACCGAUUGUAUCAGUACUAAAUAAGUUCAAAUGCAAUUUUUUAAGAAAAUUACGUAGGAGCAACUGUGCUGUGCAUUUUUUCCCCUUGCUUUGUGUGUUUGUAUGUAUGUAUUGAUUUGCAUGCUGGGGUUAUUUAUACAGAUAAGCAGUGGAGUUUUUGUCAUCUGCGGCCAACAUAUUUGACCUGCAAAAUGAUGGUAUGAAUAAAUUUGCAUAAUUAUUAGUUAUUUCAUCCAAGAAUGUAAUCAACGCAAUUAUGGAAUGAACACCAUGACAAACUACUUUCAGAUCAACUUUUUUCGCAAUUAUGAAACAAACAUGAUUGUUUAGUACAUUGUUAAAUUAAAUAAUGAACCUGAAUGACUUGAGUGGAAGUGUGUCAUCCUGUGAAUUGAAUGACCUGUGACAUAGAAUUGAACUCUUACUAUUAAUCUCGACUCAAUUAUGCAUGUUGCAGCGAUUGUAUAUAGAGUUUUUCAAGAUUGACUGAAUAAUUGGUUACAGUGAUUUUUACAUAACCUGAAUUGAGACAGCUUGUUCCUCUCCUGGUGCUCUUCAAAAAAAAAAAAUCUGUAUUUUUUUCACCAUGGUAAUUUCUCAUUUUAUCGAGUCAUGACAAAACCUGUUAACAAACAAGCUGUUCUCUGAUUGGUCUAACUGUUGGAUGUUGAUAUUUAGCAGCCAAUCAGGCACAGUCUUGUAAGUAACUUUGCAUUGACUUCAAAACGCAACACUGAUGCAGUCAGAAUAUAUCGGGAAUGAAUAAUAUUUGGCAAACUUUAAGAGAUCUCUGCAUUAUAUUAAAAAUAUACAAUUCUAUACAAGCUAAAAAUCUUUAACCGGUACUGGCCUCAUUGGCUUUGGCUAUGACAACAUACAAUUUGGUCAGUUUCGUCACUGUCGUCAUUACAUCAAAUUUUUCGGAAAUAUAAACUGACAUCACAUUCCUUUUUCUGUUUUUGUCUACGAUGAAAUGUAUACUGUAUUUGCUCUAUCAGUAGCAUAUGUUCCUCUGUUAGAACAAUAUUUUGUCAGAAUAAGUCGUAUUUUAAUGAUGUAGUAUAAUUUUGGUUUAUGUGUACUUGUACUGGAAAUGUACUUCAAAUAGAGCAAAUACGGUAAGCAGAUAAAUUUGAUUUGCGGCCUUUGAUAGACAAUCAUAAUUUUAUUAUUAUUGUUGAACUUCUAUAUGUUACCGUAUUAGCUCUAUUAGAAGCACAUGUAGACCUAUCAUACAACUUUUGAGACAUUUGUUAUUUACAUAAGAGCACAAUAGUGCAAAUACGGAAACUAGACCAUUACCUCGAAAUUUCUAAGUGACAAAUUAUGAUUGAUUGAAAUGUUUGUGCAAGUCUCAACAUCUAACAUUAUUUAUCAACAAAUUCAUUACAUUAAAAUGGAAAUUUUGCUUCCUCUCUAAAUUAUUAACCAGAUUAUGCCGUAUGUAAAUCACUGUGAAGUGAGCAUAUGCCUUUUUUGUAGAAUCCAAGAUGGCCGACAUUACUGAUAACGGGACAACUGCAUAGCUUUCUAUGUAUAUGGGUUCUUAUAUUUAUAUCUAAUUUAUGCUAGAAUAACUGUGUGUAUAAUUUUUUGAACAUUGAGGAUUGUCACUUAUGCUGGCAUUUGAUGAAGGUCUUAUUUAUGUGCAACAAUUUGGUCGUUAGGGCAGCCAUCAUGUAAAAAGUCGUGUGUGAUAAAACAUGUCUUUUAUGAUCACUUGAAGUGUCAGUCAUCAUGUGACGUCUAAAACAAAAACACAUAUAAAUACAUUGAUUAUUUACACAAAAUAUGAGCAAAAGACUGCUACGCUUUAAACGGUCUAUCAAUGAGUACAAUUAUUUGACUGGUGGUUUGUGUUGCUUAACAAGAACUUUUUAUACUAUCUUUAAAACAAUUUUUAAAAACACACCAGAUUUGCUUUUAUAAUAAGAUUCUUCAUCAGCACCCCUGCCCAUCUGAUUGCAUGGGGGUGAAAUGCUGGCCCAAUUUGCGGCACUGUGACGGUUAAUUGGACCAAUGUGUAGACCUGUAUGUAUUGUAGUUGUAAUGAUUAUUGUGCUUUUUAAUCGUGAUAUAGUAUAUUAAAUAUAGUAUGUGAUAUUUAAGCUUGAGAAAUAAAAAAAUAUGACAACCAUUAGUUUUA